AAUGUUAGCUGAUACAGUGGACACAGUGGAGGUCAUUUGACGAGCCGAUGAUGAUUAUUGAUCAGUCAGUGAGAGAACACAAUCGCGCGCUCACGACGGGAGCGAGUAUCGAGCGCGCGUCCGCUGAUGUGCGCGCGGAGCAUCGACUUAAGUGGCAGGCCCAUGCAGGAGCGGACUGAAGCGGCAUCAUGGCACCACAGCAGCCCGGCAAACUGCGCGUCUUCUCCCUCAACUGCUGGGGUAUUCGGUUCCUCAGUAAGCUCUGUGCGCAGCGGUAUGAGAUGAUCGGGGAGUUGCUGGGCCGAGAGCAGCACGACAUCGCACUCUUGCAGGAAGUGUGGAGUGAAAGAGAUUUCCUGUUCCUGAAGAGAAAGCUCUCCUGCUCUCAUCCUUACACACACUAUUUCAAGAGUGGGGUCAUUGGCAGUGGUCUUGCUGUGUUCUCCAAACACAGAAUCCAGGACGCUCUGCUUUACCAGUACUCUCUCAAUGGAUAUCCAUAUAUGCUGAGUCAUGGCGACUGGUUUGGAGGUAAAGCAGUUGGACUGGUCAUUGUAGAAGUUUUUGGGUUAAAGGCACACGUCUACGUUACUCAUUUACAUGCCGAGUACUCCAGGGCUCAAGAUGGAUACCUGCCUCACAGAAUAGUGCAGUCAUGGGAACUGCAGCAGUUUGUCCGCCACACAUCCCAUGGAGCAGAUCUGGUGAUUUUGGGAGGGGAUCUAAACAUGCACCCUCAGGACCUCGGAAACCGUCUUCUCAGGUCCCACACUGGACUCAGAGACUGCUAUACUGAAACUGACAAGUUUGAUGGCUGUGAAGAUGGCCACACACUAAUAGCAAACAAUCACUUCACAAAGAAGCAAGAUCUCAUUCCUUUUGAGAAGGGCAUCAGGAUCGACUAUAUUCUCAUGAAGGACUCUCAGAGAGUGAGCGUGAAAUGUGAGUCUCUGUCUACCACCAAGGGUUCAGUGUCUGAUAAACCCUUUCCAUAUUCUGACCAUGAAGCUCUGAUGGCUGAUCUGAACCUGCUGAGCUCACAGGACUGCACUGGCGCACUGCCUGAAUCAGAUCAGAUGGAUGUAGUCUCAGAGGCGCGUGCGGUGGUGAAGGAAGGCCUGAGUAAAACUGAGGCACUGCGAGACAGAUCUCUGCAUCUGAUGUUUGCUGGUCUCCUUCUUCUACUGCUGGUCUUGUGCUCCAGCUGCUUCUUCUCCUUUAGCGCUGUGGGGUUUCUGGGAGCCGUGUGUGUGUUUAUACUGCUGUCUGGAGCUCUGCUUUACAUGCUCUUCACCACGCACAUCAAAGUCCUGAAAGAGACUGAAGACCAGAUGUUGCUCCGCUCACAAAACCUCCAGACCAAACUGAUCGGAUGCAGAGUCUCUGGAUCUUCAUCUUCUGAUGCUUCCCCAGAAAUCCACCCGUCGAGUGUUUUCAAACGGGAGGAAUAAGGUUGACGGUACAAUAAGUGCUGGUCCAGGAUCAGGUUACUGGUUUUCAGUGUUACAUAGUAGAGUGUAACCGUCGGUUCCGGAAGUAAAAACCCAUUUGUUUUCUCCAUAGGGAAAGUGAUAAGCUUUAAAUACAGGUCUAGAGCUUCUUAAUGCAUCUGUUCAUUAUUUUAAUGUAUAUUUUUAAGUAUUAUUAUUAAAACUGUGGAAUUCAUGGUGAAAAAAACUACAUUAUCCAGCAUGCUGUAGAGAAAAUGACACCAAUCAGAGAGUUGCAGUAGGCAAAAUAUCUUUAGCUCUGAAGUUCUAAAUAUCUUUAGUUGUCGCAACCUUUUAUGAUAAUCUUUAUUUUGUUGAAUACAAAAGAAAGUACUUAGAAAAAAGCUACAAAUUGUUUUAAGAGACCAUUUGAAAACUAGAAAAUGUUUCUCUAUAAUUUAUUAUUUAUAGCCAUGUGUUUAAGCCAUGUGUUUAAGAUAUAUAAAUAUAGACUCACCAGUCACUUUAUUAGGUACACCUGUCCAACUACUCGUUAACACAAAUUUCUAAUCAGCCAAUCACAUGGCAGCACCUAAAUGCAUUUAGGCAUGUAGACAUGGUCAAGAUGAUCUGCUGCAGUUCAAACUGAGCGAAGAAAGAAAGAUGGGGAAGAAAGAUGAUUUAAGUGACUUUGAACGUGGCAUGGUUGUUGGUGCCAGAUGGGCUGGUCUGAGUAUUUCAGAAACUGUUGCUCUACUGGGGCUUUCACGCACAACCAUCUCUAGGGUUUACAGAGAAUAUUCUGAAAAGGAGAAAAUAUCCAAUGAGUGGCAGUUCUGUGGGCGCAAAUGCCUUGUUGAUGUCAAAGGUCAGAGAAGAAUGGCUGGACUGUCUCUGAUAACCACUCGUUACAACCCCUUGUUACAACCGAGGUAUGCAGAAGAGCAUCUCUGAAUGCACAACACCUUGAGGCGGAUGGGCUACAGCAGCAGAAGACCACACCGGGUGCCACUCCUGUCAGCUAAGAAGAGGAAACUGAGGCUACAAUUCGUACAGGCUCACCAAAAUUGGACAAUAGAACAUUGGAAAAAUGUUGCCUGGUCUGAUGAGUCUCAAUUUCUGCUGCAACAUUCAAAUGGUAGGGUCAGAAUUUGACGUCAACAACAUGAAAGCAUGGAUCCAUCCUGCCUUGUAUCAAUGGUUCAGGCUGGUGGUGGUGUAAUGUUGUGGGGAUAUUUUAUUGGCACACUUUGGACCCAUUAGUACCAAUUGAGCAUUGUGUCAACGCCACAGCCUACCUGAGUAUCAUUGCUGACCAUGUCCAUCUCUUUAUGACCACAGUGUACCUAUAUUCUGAUUACUACUUCCAGCAGGAUAACACACCAUGUCAUAGAGCGCAAAUCAUCUCAGACUCACUGUACUCAAAUGGCCUCCACAGUCACUAGAUCCUAGUCCAAUAGAGCACUUUUGGCAUGUGGUGGAACAGGAGAUUCUCAAUAUUUCCAGCAUCUUGUUUAAUCUAUGCCAUGAAGGGUUAAGACAGUUCUGAAGGUAAAAAGGGGGUCCAACCCGGUUCUAGUAAGGUGUACCUAAUAAAAUUAUAAUAAAAAUUAUCAUUUUUGUACUGAUGAAGUUUCUGUAACAAUUUAGAUUAAAAAAAAAAAUAAAUUAGAUGUUAUAUCCAGAAAGUAACAGACCUUUUAGAACUCUUUUUCUAAUUGUUUUUUUUUUUUUUAGAAAACACAAUUCCAAAUGUUUACACUUCACAAGCAAAUAAAUUAGUUAUUUGGUCAAAUAAUAAAAUGUAUUAAAUUUAAAACAAGCUAUUCUGACCAACUGUAAUUUUUAAAUGUUUUU